CUUCGUCAAAGGCGACGCGGGAGGAGGGGAGCUCGGAUGCGCUCUCAUCCAUUAGGAGACAAAGAGCAAAUUGCCUUACUUUAAAGUAAAACGCUCUGGCUAAUGAAGGUGUUUGCUGCCAUCUGCUACGUCACAGAAUAUGCACCUGUCCAUCACCGGUACCCCUCACCCCUCUGGGCAGCAGGAGCUCCUCUGAAAAUGGAGAGAUAAGACUCAGCUUCAGACCCUCACGACACAAGGCUGUGCCGUGACACCGCGCCGUCCUAAUGGACCGCAGCAAAGAGGCCGAGAUGGAGCUGAGGAGAGGACCCAGCCCACCGAGGGCCGGCAGGAGCCACGAGGCUGACGGGGACAAGGCUGCGUGCCACAGCUGCUGCAUCUGCGGCAAGAGCUUUCCCUUCCAGAGCUCCCUGUCACAGCACAUGCGCAAGCACACGGGGGAGAAGCCCUACAAGUGCCCCUAUUGUGAUCACAGGGCUUCCCAGAAGGGCAACCUGAAGAUUCACAUCCGCAGCCACCGCACGGGGACUUUGAUUCAGGGUCACGAGCCAGAGGCGGGCGAGGCUCAGCUGGGAGAGAUGCGCGUCUCUGAGGGCCUGGAUGGGUGUGCCAGCCCUACCAAGAGCACUUCGGCCUGCAACCGCAUGCUGAAUGGGGCUGUGCCGAUGGACGGCAGCAAGAUCCUGCUGAGGAGCAGCCGCAAGGAGGUGGAGGGGGUGGCCGGGGCCCAGGACGAUGCCGAGGCCGCCGUGCAGUGCUCCUUCUGCAAUAGCCGGUUUCCACGCAAGAAGGACCUGGAGCUGCACGUGCACCAGACCCACAAGCCGUUUAAGUGCAGGCUGUGCAGCUAUGUCACCUUGCGGGAGGAGUCUCUGCUGAGCCACAUCGAGAGGGACCACAUCACUGCACAGGUGCCCAAUGGCAGUGAGGCCUGUGUGGAGAACGGCAAACCAGACAUAAACCCCGGGGAGUUCCCGUGCGAGGUGUGUGGCCAGGCCUUCAGCCAGACCUGGUUCCUGAAGGCUCACAUGAAGAAGCACCGGGGUUCCUUUGACCAUGGCUGCCACAUCUGUGGCCGGAGGUUCAAAGAGCCUUGGUUCCUCAAGAACCACAUGAAGGCACAUGGACCCAGGUCAGGAAGCAAGAACAGGCCCAAGAGUGAGCUGGACCCCAUCGCCACCAUCAAUAACGUGGUGCAGGAGGAGGUCAUCGUCGCCGGCCUGUCCCUCUAUGAGGUCUGCACAAAGUGUGGGAACCUGUUUACAAACCUGGACAGCUUGAACGCCCAUAACGCCAUACACCGCGAGGUUGAAGCCAGCCGGACACGAGCCCCGGCUGAGGAGGGGGACGCAGAGGGCCCCCUGGACACCAAGCAGUUCUUCUUACAGUGCCUGAACCUGACACCGUACGUGGCUGGUGAUGUUUCCCCCAGUGGGCAGGCUGGACGGCGGGUGGCUGAGUUGGACCCCGUCAACAGCUAUCAGGCCUGGCAGCUGGCCACCAGGGGCAAGGUGGCUGAGCCGGCCGAGUACCUCAAGUAUGGGACCUGGGAUGAGGCGCUGGCGGGGGAUGUGGCCUUUGACAAGGACAAGCGUGAAUAUAUACUGGUGAGCCAGGAGAAACGCAAGCGUGACCAGGAUGCCCCUUCUGCCCAGGCCCCCCCCAGGAAGAGGGCCAGUGUACCUGGGGACCCCAUGCUUCCUGGCCACCUAGACCCCCGGCCAGCCUCACGCCCCAACCGCAGGGCCGCGGCCACCACCGGCCAGGGCAAGUCUUCUGAGUGCUUUGAAUGCGGCAAGAUCUUCCGCACCUAUCACCAGAUGGUGCUCCACUCCCGAGUGCACCGCCGUGCGCGCCGUGACAGGGAUCCUGAAGGGGACAGGGCAGUGCGUGUCCGCUGUGGUUCACUCAGCGAGGGGGAUUCGGCUUCCCAGCCAAGCAGCCCUGGCUCAGCCUGCGCCAUCGCUGACUCGCCGGGCUCUGGCCUGGCUGAAGAGGUGGUGGAUGAGAGCAGUGAAGAGGCUGUGCCUGAGCCCACUUCAGGUGAGUCGGUGUGCUGGGGGGAUCAGGGUCAGGUAGCCCAUGUAGCCCUUUGCCCAGCUGGCUGUGGACCCAGGCAGUGCUGCCGGAGGAUGCAUCCUCAGGUGUUCCUGUGCCCUUGUGCCUGGUUCCGGCUCUGGCUGAGUACAUUACCAAGUGGCCUGCGCUGGGCAUCCUGCACCUAG